CGGGGGGCUACACCGGGAUUCAGGGCCGCGGUGGGAGAAGCCAGAGCUGCCAGGCAGGACUGGUUUCUCCGGGUCCGAAGGGCUCUCCCCUCCCCCGCUUUACCUUGUUCUUGCCUCUUACGUUUCUGGGAUUCGAGUUCCCAGAAAUUAGGGCAGAAUUGAUCGUCUUUUGAAAAUAGAAGUCCCCACUAGGGAAUCUACGCCAGGGCGAAAAGCCUGACUGGGGACAAUGGAGGGCAGAUGGGUACGCGUGGCUUGCCUGGGUUGUCCUUACCCCGGUGUCAGCUUCCAAGUUCAUCCGCUCAUGGGACCUCGGCCUUCGCGGCCGUCCCUUCUGGGCCGGGCAGACCACGCCAGAUGCUGUCCUGCGACUCGAUUUGUUUCGAGCUUAAGAUUCUGGCAUAAGAUUCACUUCUAGGAUUUGCUUGUUAUUUCCCUCCGCGUCUCGGUUCUGGGGUUGGAACCCAAGACCUCGCGCUUGCUUGGACAACGCUUUACCACUGAGCUACAUCCCUAGCCCCUUGUCCUUCGAAUGUGUCUCUACAUCAACACAAAACAACUUUGCUUGGUCUCUUUAUUUUAAACACGCCGUCUCUUGGCCACCCAGAUUUGGAGGCCAGAGUAACUCACUCUGGUUCUUUUCCAUGUGUGGAGUGCCCAGGCGAUGCCUGUCUCCGACCUGUUUAGUGUCCCAUCCUCUCUGUUCCUUCUUAGCCGCCCGCCUUUAAUUCCUUCCCAUUUGAUGACUGGUUUUCCUUGCUGUUGAUGUUAUCCUUUACUGCAUCUGUGGAGUAAAUUACUCUUGGGUAAAUCCUGAUUGAGUCACUUAACUCUGAAACCUAAUCAGCGAUUCCCUGUUGCUUAGUAAAUUAAGUAUAAGUGCCCUGGGCCAGACCAGCUCUUCAGCUGUGUCUGCUGUCUUACUUCAGCCAGUCAGUCGUCCUUCAUACCCCAAAAGGUCUGGUGCUUUUUGGACUGAUCUUUGUUGGCUCCUGUUCUUUCUUGGCGCUUAGUCUUUUCCCUGGUGUUUGGAAAAUGGACCCCUCCUGUCUUUGCCAGUAAGAAUUCUUAGGGUUGGCAUCAGAUUGCUUCCGGAUUCAGAGACUUGCAAACUCUGCCUUGAGAACUUGAUUCUUGCUCCAUUCAUAACAGCCAUUGCUUUUGAGUGCUUAUUUGCUUUGUGCCAGGUCCUGCACCAGCAGGACUGACUGGAGGGGAUGCUUUUUAAGUUGGGGCUGUAAGGAAAUACCCUUUUGGAGCAGUGGGGAUCCAAAAGCAGUGUAGGGGCAGGGGGGUCCAUGACUGUUCAGGCGGCACAAACGGCAAGCGCAAAGGUGUUGAGGUGUGUUGAGAUGCAGCAGGGCCACGAGGCGAGUGCUGAGGUCUGCCUGUAGAGGUGACUGCGGUGCUGACAUGGGUUUUAAUCUGAGUGCGGUGGGAGCCUGUGGUGGUUCCCAGCCAGGCCUCACUUUUUUUAACCAACUCCCUUUGACCAUUUUGGGCAGAAGGGAGUGGGGACAGGGAGCGCUGUGGAGGCUGUUGGCAUAAUCCAGGCAAGAAAUGGUGGCACCCAGAUAACAAAACUGCGUUACUGUGCUCACACAAGGGAAUGUGUUUGUGGCUAGAAGGAGUGAGGCACUGAUCCGUGCUGUGAUGUGGUGAACUUUGAGAACUUGAUGCUCAGUGAGAAAUGCCAGACACACGCCUGUGUCGUAUGAGCCUCUUUAUGUGAAGCGACCAAAGCAGGCAACUCUGUGGAGACAACAGAUUAGUGCUUUUGUUGGUGGGGGAUGGUGGCUGAAGGAUACAGAGGCUUUUUUGAGGUGGUGGAGCAUCCUAAACUUGACUGCAGUGGUGGUUGCACGUAUCUGUACUAAAUCCACUGAAAUGUAUACUUUGAGUUCUAUAACACGUGACUAUCUUAGUAAAGCUUUUCUAAUUUUAAAGAAGAAAGACGGCAUGGCAGCUUGGGUCAGUGUGGUAGCAUGAAUGAGAAGUAGCCAGACUUGGAUGGUCUUGGUGGAGGGAUUCCUUGGCUGAUUGGACAGGAAGGUUGAGGGAGAAAGAGAAGGCCCGAUUCCUUCGGAGAAUGGAAUUCUCAUAUCAGAGAUGGGGGAAGCGGUCUUCAGGGGAGAAAUGGAGGCUUUUGCUCCGGGCAUUUUGAGUUCAACUUUCAGGGCCUCCCAAGGAUGUGAAAUGAGCCUUCGGUGGCAUUUAGGGAAGGGCUCUUGACUAGAGACACAGGGUCAUCAGCAUAGGAAUGGUUGAAACCAUAGGGCUGGAUAAAGGCAGCCUAGGACCCUUAGCCUGUGACUCCAGGAAGAAGACCGACUUCAGCCUUCAGCUGGAGGCUGUGGCUGGCUGAGGGGACAAAAGCAUACUCACAAUUGGGUCCUUUGCACUUGGUGUACAUUGGGCUGUGUAAAGCACGGAGUACCAUGGCAGAACAAGAUGUGGAAAACGAGCUUUUGGAUUAUGAGGAAGAUGAAGAGCCCCAGGCUCCUCCUGAGAGCACUCCAGCUCCUCCCAAGAAAGACGUCAAGGGGUCCUACGUCUCCAUCCACAGCUCUGGCUUUCGCGAUUUUCUGCUGAAGCCUGAGCUCCUGAGGGCCAUAGUGGACUGUGGUUUUGAACACCCGUCAGAGGUCCAGCACGAGUGUAUUCCCCAGGCCAUCCUGGGCAUGGACGUCCUGUGCCAGGCCAAGUCUGGAAUGGGCAAGACGGCCGUCUUCGUUCUGGCUACUCUGCAGCAGAUCGAGCCUGUAAAUGGACAGGUGACGGUCCUGGUCAUGUGCCAUACGAGAGAGUUGGCCUUCCAAAUCAGCAAGGAGUAUGAGCGCUUCUCCAAAUACAUGCCCAGUGUCAAGGUGUCUGUGUUCUUUGGGGGCCUCUCCAUCAAGAAAGAUGAAGAAGUGUUGAAGAAGAAUUGUCCCCACGUCGUGGUGGGGACACCAGGCCGGAUCCUGGCACUCGUGCGGAACAGGAGCCUCAACCUAAAAAAUGUGAAGCACUUUGUGUUGGACGAGUGUGACAAGAUGCUGGAGCAGCUGGAUAUGCGGAGGGACGUGCAGGAGAUCUUCCGCCUGACGCCCCAUGAGAAGCAGUGUAUGAUGUUCAGUGCCACCCUGAGCAAGGAGAUCCGGCCAGUCUGCAGGAAGUUCAUGCAGGAUCCCAUGGAGGUGUUUGUGGACGACGAGACCAAGCUCACGCUGCAUGGGCUGCAGCAGUACUAUGUCAAGCUCAAGGACAGCGAGAAGAACCGAAAGCUCUUUGAUCUCCUGGAUGUGCUGGAGUUUAACCAGGUGGUGAUCUUCGUCAAGUCAGUGCAGCGCUGCAUGGCCCUGGCCCAGCUCCUUGUGGAGCAGAACUUCCCAGCCAUCGCCAUUCACCGGGGCAUGGCCCAGGAGGAGCGUCUGUCACGCUACCAGCAGUUCAAGGACUUCCAGCGGCGGAUCUUGGUGGCCACCAAUCUCUUUGGCCGAGGGAUGGAUAUUGAGCGCGUCAACAUUGUCUUCAAUUACGACAUGCCCGAGGACUCCGACACCUACCUCCACCGGGUGGCCCGUGCAGGUCGCUUUGGCACCAAAGGCCUGGCCAUCACUUUUGUGUCUGAUGAAAAUGAUGCCAAAAUACUCAAUGAUGUCCAGGACCGGUUUGAAGUGAAUGUGGCUGAGCUUCCAGAAGAAAUCGAUAUCUCCACAUACAUUGAGCAGAGCCGGUAACCACGCGCCUUGAAGACCACAGCUGCCCUGCUCCCACGUGCUGCUUCACGUCCUCUUUCUAGGCGACAGAUGGGUGUCUCUUUUUACUGUUCAAAAGCUGUAGAUUUGUGUAAGAAUACAUUUUUAUUAUGGAA